UCUGCCUCGUCCGCCGUGCUUCUUUUCUCCUGCCUCUCGUCCUGGUUGCUGUCCGUCUCUAUCGUCUGCUCUUCUUGCAUCUCUCCUGCCUCCCGUGCCAGCCGCUGCGAUCUCGACUGAGAGCGCCAUCCAGCCCUCUCUUCCCCCCUUCUUCCGCUGCAAACUCCGCAGAUUCCCCCUCCUCCGUGUCUCUUAAUUUCGCCUGCAGCCCCUUAAAAAUCCCCACGGCUGAAGGCCGACGUCGCGUGCGCGUCCCUGUCAAUUGAUUUUCGCAUAACAUCGUCGUUUCCUGGUUUAUCUCGGUGUCCUAGACCAGGCACAGACUCCUGCGCCUAGUCGCGUUUCUUAGCCUUCGUGCUAAUUUUGGGGUCUGCCGGCUUGAGGCUGCCGUUGCUACUACCUUCGUCUCACUGCGCGUCCUAUCGCGGGAUUACUCGGUUUCUUUCCUCUCUCUCGCCGCAGCAACACCGGAAGAGGAUGUCCCUCGCUUGCGGUCUUUGAUCCGUGUCGUAUAUACACACUCGAGACAUCGCCGUACCACGUGAAUCUUCAUCUCUUGAUUUCCCCCGUCUACCGCAAUGACGGGCAAACCGCAGUCGGACUCGGAGCAAGUCCAUGCAUUUCCAUCGGCCACUGGUCCGUUGGAAGCAGGCGCACUCUCCCCGCCAUCGAAACGGGACUUAGCAUCGUGGUGGAGGCAAUUCAAACGGAAUACGAGAAGGCCGGAAGUGAAAGGUAUGCGCAUCUUUGCAUCUGCCUCCCAUCCGGAUUUCCAUUUCAGUAUCCUGACUGGUUGUCGCUCCAGAAAACCCCCGAGGUAUCUUUGGCGUUCCACUCAACGUUAGCAUCAAGUAUGCGAAUGUCGCAAUUUCCCUGACGAAUGACAAUGGCGAGAGCUUCAUAUACGGUUACGUGCCAAUUGUUGUAGCCAAAUGUGGCGUUUUCUUGAAGGAGAAAGCUACGGACGUCGAAGGAAUAUUCCGUCUCAGUGGAUCUGCAAAGCGUAUAAAGGAUCUCCAGGAGAUCUUCGAUUCCCCCGAGCGGUAUGGAAAGGGCCUAGAUUGGACAGGGUAUACCGUGCAUGAUGCAGCCAACGUUCUCCGUCGUUAUCUGAACCAGUUGCCCGAGCCCAUCGUCCCGUUGGAAUUCUACGAGCGCUUCCGCGAGCCUCUACGCCUGUACCAAAAUCAAAUUAGGGAAGGUGGAGAGGUCACAGGCCCAGAGACUUUCGAUCACACCAAGGCGGUCGCUGCGUACCAACAACUGAUCAGAGAGCUUCCUCCCUUGAACAGGCAGUUGCUGCUCUAUAUUCUGGAUCUCUUGGCUGUCUUCGCCUCUAAGUCGGAUCAGAACCGGAUGACAUCGGCGAACCUAGCGGCCAUCUUUCAGCCAGGGUUACUGUCGCAUCCCCAGCACCACAUGUCCCCGGAUGAAUACAGACUGAGUCAGGAUGUGCUGAUUUUCCUGAUCGAGAACCAGGACCAUUUCCUGUUUGGGAUGAAUGGAACAGCCGCUGACGAACAGACCGUGAAGGAGGUUGAGGGUGGCCUUGCGGCGCCUCGACGGUCUUCAAACUUCAGACGUUCAGUUUCCAGUGCAAGUAACGGCACGGAUAGCUACCGCAAACUCGAGACUCUUCGCAGAAAUGUGUCCGUUUCAUCUAGAAACUCCCGCACUUCCGGCAAUGUUCCCAGCCCUACCACACCGUCUUCAUUGAACGGUUCAGGUGUACAUCGGAGCAAUACCCUUCCUCCAAAAAUGUCUCCUGUAAUAGGCCCUGCUAGAUAUGGCAGAAGGGCGGAACAGAUUAACUCUCAUUCUCCUGCCGCAACGGCACCAGCACCAGCACCAGCAGCCGACCACCACCAUCGGCCUUCUAGUCAGGCACCCCAUCAUAGCCAUGAGUCUGCUAAUUAUCUUCCUCCCCAGAAGGAAUCUACUGGCAUGCCGAAGCAGCCUGAUGUCGUAUAUGUGCAUUCGUCAACUCAUGGUCCUGUCCCCGUAGAUGAGGCGAGCCGUUUAAAGACGGCUCAAAGGCCACGUCUGCAGGGUGGCCUACCACCAGCAGAUCCGUCUCCGCUGGCCGUUGUGACGCCCCCCAAAGAGCGGAAGCUAUCCAGUCUGUUCUCAAAGUCUCCCUCACCCAGCCGCGAGCCAAGGGACUCAUCGCGGCAACCGAACAAACUGAGGAAGAAACGACUUUCUAGCGGUGUUAGUGAAAGUGCAUGGAGCUCCUCUCAUUCGCUAGCGGCUGUUGUCGCAGAUCCUCCCCUAUAUCCACCAUCAAGCGGUCCAUCCGACCGUAAGACCGAAGCUACAGGGACAGUAAGGCCUGCGAAUACGUCUGAACCCAGUGAUCAGCCUCAUCGCGACGCGAAGCUAGAGCAUCCAAUGCCUCAAGAUGAGCAUGCUCAGCUACACUUCAAAGAAGGCAAUCUUAGGCCACCCGCAUCGCGUACCCCAUCCAUGAAUUCACGCUCAUCGUUUACUGACCAGUCUGACCUUGAACCGCCUGAUAAUACGACUAGGACAGACCGCCGAGAACACCGCCGAGAAUGGAGAUUUUCUCGGUCGUCCAAACGAGGCAGCGAACACACUGUUGCAGCGUCCAUGUCACCUCCUCGGAUAGGGGUUAAUCCAGCGGCUGCGCUGAGUACCAACUCUGUAAAUAGCUGGCAUCGUGGUGCCAGGAGCCCACCUCCGGAUUUACAGCGCAUGGCAGCGGAUGGGUCCAGCGUGCAUCUUAGCCUCGAUGCGGAAGUCGCAAAUAACGUGAACCGGGACCCAUUACUGGGACAGGACAGCGAGAAGAAGAGCUUUUUCGGGAGGUUCAAGGCCAAGCUCGCGCAUGCACUAGAGGGCGACACUGACAGCGAAUCGGAGAGAGAGCGGACGAAGAGCCCGGUGCAUUCUGAUGCUGAAGGACUUCGUUCCAAUACCUCCUUGCCUCCGAAUGGCAAAGACAGCGAAGAUGACUUCCUGCCCCUGACGGAGCAACCACCAAGGGAUACAAAAGAGGAGGUUUCAAAUCCUUCAACCCUUCCAAAUCCUCCAUUCUCGGCUAGACCGUCUGGGAUGCCACCAUCGAUUCCUGAAGAACCGGCAAUCCUGGAGCCGCAUGAUACAGCUGCUGAUACUGCUAGUGUGACGAAGGGUCAAGCUGAACCCGCGGAUGCGGGACCUCCGACCGAGACAUCUUUAGCUACAGGAAGCAAUGAAGCGAAUGGUGAAGGCCCGCCCCGGUCUAAUGAGCCUGCGACGGAUGCCUCACCAAAGCAGCAAGAGCAAUAAUCCCGUUGCUUGAACCGGCGUGUGUCUCAAUGUUAAUUCGAUAGCCUGAAAUUUUACCCUCAAUUUCGGUGACUUGGGCCAUGGAGCAUAACUUCUUUUUUGUUUUGUGGGGUAUUAACUCGGGAUAUGACAUACCAUACAUACCCUUCAUCUUUUGAAUAUUGCGUUGACUUCCUCUGCAUGGCGGUUUGCCAGCCGUUCUCGUGCUGCUGGCUGUAUUGUUGGACUUGUAUUUUCUUGGCUGUGUUUUUAUCUUGCUUUUCCACCUUGUUUUUGUGGUUCCUGUUGAACUUGUUACUUUGAUGCUUGCUAUGGGUCUACGAAUGUCAGUAUGUAUGUAUGCACUGCUUUCCUGUCUACUACUACUUCUUCCUUUUCUUCUUCCCCGUUACUAGCGCGGAUUCUUUUUGACUGUAUUGGAAUUUGAUAAUAGUUACAGACAUGGAAUGAAAUACAAUCGAUGAAUAAUAUGCCGUUGUGGACACCUUAGCAUCCAGGCUUCA